GUUGGUGCAACAGCUUAUCCGUUAAUUCUUUAAAUACGACGGACUUUCCUUUGCUUCUACAGUAUCAGUACUUGCUUGUCAUUUUGUAAAGGAAAGUUAAAAUUUUUCAUUUUCUUUUGAUUACUUUUCUACCCUUAGAUGGUUUAUCGAGAACAUGGAUGAUGAUACUGUUUUGACUACAUUAAAGAUUCUAAUAAUUGGUGAAAGUGAUGUUGGGAAAUCUAGCUUGCUUUUGAGAUUUACUGAUGAUGUAUUUGAUCCCGGACUUGCAGCUACUAUAGGUGUGGAUUUCAAGGUAAAAACUGUUUCUGUAGAUGGGAACAAAGCCAAGCUUGCAAUUUGGGACACAGCUGGUUCAGAAAGAUUCCGUACAUUGACUCCAAGUUAUUAUCGUGGAGCACAAGGAGCUAUUCUAGUAUAUGAUGUAACAAACCGUCAAAGUUUUCAAAGAUUAGACCAAUGGUUGUAUGAAUUAGAGACUUAUUCAACAAGAACUAACAUAGUCAAAAUGCUAGUGGGAAACAAAAUUGAUAAGGAAAACCGUGCGGUAUCUCGAGAAGAAGGAAUGAAGUAUGCUAGAAAACAUUCAAUGUUAUUCAUCGAAGCUAGUGCAAAAACUUGUGAUGGUGUACAAUGUGCUUUUGAAGAAUUAGUUGAAAAAAUUCUACAGACACCUGGUCUUUGGGAAACAGAAACUCCACAUGGUUUCUCAUUGACAGAUAUCAACAAAACAGAAGGGUCAUGUACAGGCUACUGUUCCAUGAUAUGAAUUUGUGAACUAUCUGAAACAUUCAUAAUUAUACAAGAAUGUGAUUUUUGAGAGUUGUAUAAACUGACUUUUACUUUAUAGAAUUAAUCGUUGUUUUGAAUUCAGUUACAUGUAUAUUUCUUUGUAUGCAACUAUUUAUCAUUCUUUUUAAAUAAAUAUAUUGUUAACUUUAUUGAUAAAAUGAACAAUAUUAUUUUAGUUUUAAGCAGGAUUUAUGUAUAAUGAUAAUCAUUCAUAUAUAUUUUGUUUCAACACUCAGUAUUCCCAGUUUUUGCUGUAAAUAAAAUUUAAAGAGUGCUACUGCUGAAUACAUACUGUGUAAUCAGUUUAUUUUAACCAAGUUUUCCAGAUUAAGAUAUUUAUAGGAAAACUUUAAAUCAUGGAAUUUAUAAAUUAUCUUACAUAAUCUGUGUAUUAAAUGGUAAUAAGAAU